AUGAGCGCGCCUGCGAACACCGUCGAGCUUCUAGCCAAGGGUAUCGUCAACUUUACCAGGGGUAAGAAAAGCAUUACCAUUUUACUUGUUGGCGAGACUGGUACCGGGAGGACCAGCCUGCUGGCUCUCCUCAUAAACGUGCUUGCAGGCCGCUCACUCGCCGAGUAUGAUUUGCAGCCUUACGAUCUUAAGAACGAGAUGGGCGUAUCGGACACUCAGACACAAACCAUCCAUGCCAAACUUUACGAAUUCUACAGCCUGAAUGGAGUAAAGAUUGCCGUGCUUGAUACCCCUGGCUUCGCCGACACACGCGGGCUUCAGAGGGACAAGCAACAUAAGGACAGCAUUGUUACUGCCAUUCGGGAUCACAUUUCAGAGGUUACGGCAGUCAUUAUCGUCGCAAACGGUACAACGCCGCGCCUGGGCUGUACAAGUGACUACGCCAUAAGUACCCUCACCUCCAUCCUUCCUCGCAGCCUUGCUAAUAAUAUCUCUAUUUUCUUCACCCAUGUUUCGACUCCUCUUGCUUGGUCCUUCGACCCCGAUAUCCUUCCCGUCGAGCUCAGGCAUACCAAACGGUUUCUGCUCGAAAAUCCCAUCGCCAUGCGCAAGAAGUACUUGGCGGUCGCCCAGCAGGAGGAUCUUGAGCUUUUGGAAGAAUUGGAGAAGGCAGUCAACCAAAGCCAUCGAACCGCGUUGAAGGCGCUGGUCAAUAUGUUCAAUUGGCUGGAUACCGUGCAGCCUGAACCUACUGCAGAGAUCAUCUUGCUCUACGAUCAGUACAUGAAGAUCGAGAGCGACACCUCCACAAUUCUGGCUCGAAUGAGCCAAGUUUCAGAGAAGAGGAAUAAGCUUCAGAACUCAAUCUCAUCAUUAGAGGCUAUCAGAUUGACUGCGAAGGCGUACGAGAACAUUCUUGGCGUCCCGGAGGCCCAGAAGCGCUACGACGAAGCAAUCUGGCAGCUAAAUAUGACAGAAGUACAAAUUUCGGCUAUCCAGCGGGACAUCGACCAGAUCACUGCAGAGAUAGCAUGGUCAACCUCAAACAUUGGCACGCUCGCUGAGCGGUACUCUGAGCUUUCUCUUUCUGGGAGCUUCGCAGUUCAGCUCAAGAAGUCCGUCAAGCUUCUCGAGGUGCACCUUCAGAGUACCCUCGCCAAGGGCGGCGACGCCGAGACUAUCAAACAGAUCCAGGCAAGCUUGGAACAACUCAAGACAAAGCUGGCCUUACUUGAGCAGGCGGCAGUUGCGGCUAAGCAAAAGAUUUCCAACCACGCUGGAUGA